AAAAAAGUAAACAAACUAAUGUCUCCACGGCAUUUCAUCCACAUCACAUCUUUUACGUUUUAUUUAAAUAAGUUUUAUUGCAUAUUCGUUACAUAACAAUAAGUCGAUAAACUUAAGUGUAUAAAACUUCGUGCAAAAAAAAAUGGGUGCAGAACUUAAAUGGCCAAUUGAUACUGAACAUUUACCAGUAAUGAAGUUAAAACAACCAAUCAAUGUUCCAUUGUGUGGUAUAUAUGGCAGGAGUUUUGCAUACUAUUCCCUGAUAGAACGAAUACCGAGGAUCAUAAACAAGAUUAUAGAUCAAUGUAAAACUGAAGGAUCUAAAAUAAAAUUGGCCUGUGAUGCUAGCGAUAAAGACCUUAAUAACUACAUUCAACAAUUAACAAAAAUAAAAACUGAUUUAGUUACCAACCAGUGCUAUGAGCUGAUCAAUGUAGAUACACCUGAAGCUAGAAAAUGGAAUGCCUGGAUCAAAUCCCAGAUUGAACCACGAUACUUCACAAAUCUUUGGGUCUAUAGUGAGUGCUACAUCUAUAGGAGAAUAAGGGAGGCUGGUGAACUUAACAAUGGCCUCUCAUCAUUUGAUCCGUUCGAGGAUCAAAAGCGUAAAGCAUUCGACUCGACCAUAGAGAUGAUGUGUGUAGUAGCGGAGAAGCUAACUGGUAUGUUGGCAUGCAGUGACAAGAAGAAACAGAGAGAAGACUUUAUCACCCUGAUAAAGCUUUGUCUAUGGUCGAAUCAAUGCGAUCUUUCGCUGACCGAUGGCGCAGAUCUAGACUUGGACGCCGGCGCAGGCGCUAUCCUGGAUCCUUUCGAGAUCAUUAAAAAGUUCAAGGAUAAGGUACUAGUUGACGAUUCGGAGAAAGUCGUCGACUAUGUCAUAGCGAAAGCAGAAAGUAUAGCAAGAAGUAGUGGAAAGGGAGGCGACAAUACGGUAAUAUUUGAUAUCGUGUGCGACAAUGCGGGCUAUGAAUUCUUUGCGGAUUUGUGCUUGGCCCAUUUUCUCGUUUCGCAGAAAAUUGUACAAAAGGUUAGAUUCCACAUAAAAAGCAUCCCUUGGUUUGUGUCUGAUGUGACGCUGAGAGAUUUCAAUUACGUCAUAAAGGCGUGCAGUGAAGUAAGCUUCAGCAAAACCGUCAUUCGACCAGAGCCACGUGAGGUGUCAUCAGAGCCGCUUAAGAGGAUAGCAAGACAAUGGCGGCAACUAGUCGAUGAUGGCGUUUUCGUCGUUAUGCACGACGAUUUCUGGACGUCCCCCCACGUGUACAAGGACAUGAAGACCAGCUCGCCGGAGCUGUACCGCGCGCUGCGGGCCGCCGCCGGCGUCGUGCUCAAGGGGGACCUCAACUGCAGGAAGCUGCUCAACGAGGUGCACUGGCCCCCCACCACAGCCUUCCACCAUGCGCUGCAAGGUUUCCACCCAACGGCUGUUAUAUCCGUGCGGACGGUGAAAGCGGAUCUGAUAUGCGGGCUGCCCCCGGGCAAAGCGGAGGAACUGAACCAAAUCGAUGACCAGUGGAUGCAGACAGGAGAAUACGGAACAAUACUGUUUUGCGACAAAGUAGAACCUCUUGAAAAAACAGUUGAAAAUUAAGGCAGACUUUCGACAGGACGACAAAAAAAUUGCAUUGCAUUUUAUGUUUUAUUGUUUUGUUCAUAAAGUACGUUAGGGUUUGGGCACAUAGAAAACGGAAUAAUAUAAGACGGUAGAAAUUUAAAAUUUUACACCAGUACUUGUAAUAGUCUCCUUCUAUAGUCUCAUAUUGUGCCGAAGUCUAUGAUAAGGUACGUAGUUUUAUUCUAGUCUGUGAUCACAAUAUUUAAUGUAUUAGUCGGUUGGGGCGUAGCUAGGGUGAAAUUUGAUGAAGGGCAAUGGUAGAAAAGAUGGCGCAUAAAAAAAAUAUAUUUUAAAAAGAAAAAUAUUUAAGUGCCUUUUCAUCGAUUAUUUUGUGCUUCAAAAAGCAGUAACUUUAAGCCGUUUGGUAGUGCGUGGUUAUUAAUUAUCGCUGACCAAGCAAAUGUUAUUUAAACGCGUGGAUUUUUUUUAAGUAGCAAAUUUACCUUAGAGUAGCGACUUAAUUAUAAAUAAAUAUAAAAGAUCUAUCAUAUUUAAUAUGUUUGUGACCUUUUUGGUACGAUAUUUUGAUAUUGU